ACACUGAGCAUAACCUUUCUCCCUUUCUUUUUUCUCGCUUCAAAUGUCGUCUGCAGAGCAAACAUUACAACACACUCCCAGGCCAUGGAAACUCCUUGUCUUCUUUAGCGCAGUUAUCGCCACCGCCACUUCCAUAAUUUUCCUCAUCUCCCUCUCACUCUCCACCGAUUUAAGUUACAAACCAUUCAAUCACUUGGUUCAACGCAACACAAUCAACCCCGUUCACACCUCCACCGUCGGCGAAGAAGAACCUACCAACAUCUCCCACAUCUUUUUCGGCAUCGGUAGCUCCGUCAAGACCUGGCCCAAGCGCCGCCCCUUCGUUGAGCUCUGGUGGAAGCCAAACGUCACCAGGGGCUCCCUCUGGUUUGACGAGAAGCCGCCGGAAAACGAGAGCUGGCCGGAAACCUCCCCGCCGUUCAGAGUCUCCGGCAACACGUCGUCGUUUAAGUACACCUGCUGGUACGGUAACCGGUUUGCGAUUCGCUUAGCGCGCAUAGUGAAGGAGACCUUCGAGCUAGGGUUGGACAACGUGAGGUGGUUAGUGAUGGGUGACGAUGAUACUGUGUUCUUCACCGACAACCUCGUUACGGUGCUGUCCAAAUAUGAUCACAACCAGAUGUACUAUGUCGGUGGGAACUCAGAGAGUGUGGAGCAGGAUGUGAUAUUUUCUUACAAGGUGGCGUACGGCGGUGGAGGGUUCGCCGUCAGCUACCCUUUGGCGGCCGAGCUGGCGAGGAUCUUGGACGGUUGCAUAAACCGCUACGCCCAACUCUACGGCGGUGACCAAAAGGUUCAGGCUUGCAUUGGUGAGAUUGGUGUUCAAAUCACCAAAGAGCUUGGCUUUCAUCAGGUUGAUAUUAGCGGGAAUCCGUUUGGACUGCUAGCGGCCCAUCCGGUGGCGCCGCUGGUGUCACUGCACCACUUGGACACAGUGGGUCCAUUGUUUCCAAGCUUGACCAGGUUUGAGUCCAUUAAGAAGUUGGUUGGGGUAUACAAGAUGGAUCCGGGUCGGAUCUUGGAGCACAGCUUCUGCUAUGACAUACAGCGGAAUUGGUCGGUUUCGGUGUCGUGGGGUUACAACGUGCAGCUGUAUUUGUCAUUGGUGACAGCAAAGGAGUUAGAAACUGCGAUUGGAACGUUCCAGACGUGGCAGAGCUUGAGUGACGGGCCGUUUGUGUUUAACACCCGACCCGUGAGCAGCGACCCGUGUGGGAGACCGGUUUUAUAUUUCUUGGAUCGGGUGGGGAAUGUGGGUGCAGGACAGACCCGAUCCACGUAUACGAGGUAUGUUGACGCAUUGGGGAAAGAAUGUGGAAGUGUUGACUUGGUUGGAGUCCUGGAUGUUCAGUUGGUCAAUGUCUCUGCCCCUUACCUUACGCCAGACGUGUGGAAAAAGAGUAGGCACCGCGUAGACAAUGCUGUGAGAUAAUCAACGGCACAGAUGGGGUCAACAAUGUGGUACAGGUCAACAUCAGAGGCUGUCAUCGAUUUGAGAGUGUAACUCUUCCCUAGAAUAUUGGCAGGACAAGACUACUUAUUUCAGUUAUUUGAUCUAUCUAUACAGGAAAACAUAGUUUGAAAAUUGGUGAAGCUACAUGACAUGACUAGUUAUGGUAAAAGAAAUAAAUAACCAAUUAUACCCUCAUAUUUGUGUAUAUUUUAUUUUAUUGUCUUUGAGAGCUAGACAUGCAAUAACUAGCAUGGAGAGUCUAUCACUGAGUUGAAACCUGAAACUUAGGUAGCUACAUGUUGUUUCAAACUUCAAAGUCAUUUUACCCUAUACUAUUGUCUUA